AAGUUUUAAGUGCAUCUUAAAAAAUUUCCUAUAAUUAUUGCUUAUAUAUUUGAGUAGUUAAAUAAUUCAAUAAUUGGACGUUGGAGUGCAUUGUGUGUGUAAAGAUAGUGAGAAAAUAAAAGAAAAUGGUUGUAUUCGUGGGGCUGACUUUUUCAGUAACUGUUUGAGAUUUCGUAUCAGUUUGAGAUUAGAGAGGAAAAGGACUUAUCUAGAGACCGAGACAGCAGUUCAAGGGUAAUUUAGACAAAAACAAAUGAAAUAGUACAUGGACAGCACUGUAAUUACGUACGCGGUUGCUUAAUAGUAUUAAAACCUCAUAUAAUAAUUAUGAGAUCGGACGGCUGUAAACCUCCCUCUCUAAUCUCAACGGUUAUAGUUUCUGGCGUGUAUAUAAAUGAUCGUCUCCGUCAUUAGAAAAGGCUCUUUUCUUUUUCCCAAUUUCCUAUUCCUCUUCUUUCUUGAGCGUUAUUCUCUUCUCCACGGUUUAUAAAUCUUGGGCCUUAGGGCGGAAUAAAUCUGAGACCAGAUCAAUAAUCAGGUUCUCUCAGAAACCCUAGAACCCCAUCAGUAACUUCUUGCUCACUCAACCUAUUUGUGAUCAUGGAAUCAUGAGAUGAAGAGAGUGCGAUAUGAAGCUAGCUAAAAAUAUAUCAGAGUGAAAAAGGUUUUGAAAAGGAGAAAGAUUUGUAUAUUUAAUUGAGAUCUGUAAUCGAAUAAACAUUUGAAAGUCAUACGGUCGCCAUCAUCUCUACUCUGACUUUUCCAGAGAAACAAAAAUGGCGUCUUCAAGCUCUCCAUGCGCAGCUUGUAAGUUCCUAAGGAGAAAAUGCACACAAGAGUGUGUAUUCGCUCCAUAUUUCCCUCCAGAUAACCCUCAAAAAUUCUCUUAUGUUCACAAAGUCUUCGGUGCAAGUAAUGUCGCUAAGCUUCUCAACGAGAUUGCCGCUAACCAAAGAGAAGACGCGGUUAACUCUCUUUUCUACGAAGCCGAAGCUCGACUCCGCGACCCUGUGUAUGGUUGCGUAGGUUUAAUCUCGAUCCUUCAACAUCGGCAUAAACAGCUUCAACAAGAUCUUGAAAACGCCAAGAAAGAACUCGCUGCUUACGUUGGUCCUCAAGCUAUGCUUCCUAUUCUCCAAACGCAGCAUCAUCCUCAACCGCAUUUCAUGUCUCUACCGCCGCAGCCGCAGCGACCGUCUUCCUACUCUUCUUCAGCGUCUGUGCUGACUCAGCAGCAGCAACUGCAUCAUAACUUGUUUCCAAUGAUGGCUAUUCCAACUGGACAACUGUACCAUCAGCAACAGCAAAAUAUUUUUGAGGCUCAGCAACUAGCUGCGGUUAAUGCGGUUGCGAGAGAGCAGCAGCAGCAGCAGAAUGAAUUGUUUAGAGCGUUUGGAGCAGGAGGAGGAAGUAACACUAGUCCAAAUCAUCAUCAUCAAAACCAACCUCAAGUUGAGGUUUUGAGGUUUGAUAAUGGUUUUGACUUUGUACCGACCGGUUCAGUUACAGUAACCGGAUUUAAUCAAUUAAGCUCCAGCGGUACAACGGUAACCGGAAUGUCACCGUCUUUGGCUCUUGGUGGUAACUUUGUUGAUAGUCCUCCCACGAAUGAUAGUUAUCAUACGGAUCAGCAAUUACAUCAUCAUCAUCAGCAAAAGCAGCAACAUCAUGAGGCUCAGUUGUUCAUACCUACACAAUCUUCCCAACCGCUACCACUUCAAACGCAGGAGACUCAGACGCAGUCAAAUUCAGAGAGCGAGGAGGGUAGAAGGAGUAUCAUUGAUUCAUCUCGUUAGUUGAAAAAAAAAAGAAAAAAUGUUACCGCCUUUGACCUUCUCGCUUGCUCGAAUUUUCCUCAGUUGGAAACUCUGACUUUGCUCAAUGCAUUACGGACAUGAUCGAGUUCUUUCUAAAUUUGUCGCACGUCCAACAGCGAAAAGACACCCACGAUGUAAAAGUCAGCGGUAUUUGGUUGAUUUUGAGUUUUGGUGAAGAGUAUUAUAACCCAGAGGCUCGUAUGAAAUUGAACAAAUGCUCUAUACUCCAUCUAUCCCUCUGGUUUUUCAUUACGGAAACAUAUAUUAAUUUACAUUUUUCUUGUAUUUCCUAUUUUUAUUUUUUUUAUUUGUUUUGGCUUUAAAUGAAAAUGAGAAAUAUUAGUGUUUUUGGAUGCAAUUAUAUUUGUAAAUGAGAUGCUAAGAGCAGGGCACUUCUCCUAGUGGUUUAUCACAACCUAAUUUUAUAAUAUCAUGGAACAAGCUAUCUUUGUUUUUCAUAUACAGUAAAAACUCUAUGAAUUAAUAAUGUUGGGACUAUAAAAUUUUAUUAAUUUAUAAAGUUAUUGAUUUACAUAAA